CUUUUCUAGAUUGUAUUAGUGUCAUAAACAUUUAGAGAAUUCUGACAGCUGGUACACAAUUAAUACACAAGCACUAGGCAUAUUUCUAUCAUUAAUUCUAUUGAAAUAAACUGUUACCGAUUUUAUACAUUUACCAGAAUGGACGAUUAUAUUGAUAUGACUUCCCAUUUAGAUGCCCGAGAAAUACUGAGGUACUUGAACUAUUUAGGUAUACAUAAUAUAAGCGGUGAAGUUCUAAAAUAUUUUAUAACAGAUCUUAAAAAGCUUAUAAAAUAUGAUUUGCAACAUAAAAGUCUUUCUCCUUUUGGUAGUGAUAAGCAAGAAGGUCCAGAAAGAUUGCAUAGUGCUAGUACUUUUUCCUCACGAAGCCGGUCUAAAGCAUAUACCGGGAAACAUGUAUGUUGUCGUAAAGGGUUUGAAGGGCCUCGAAAGCCUCUAUCUGUAAGACUAGUGCAAUCUGCACCAACUUUGGGACAAAAGGUUGAAGAAAAACCUGCACAAAGAUCAUGUUCAUGUGUUAGGAUAGAAAAGAAACCUGGAAGUGUUAAAGAAUCUUCUAAACCUACAACUACUUUAUCUGAAAAUUUAAUAAAAGUUCCUAAAGCCAGGCCAAAAAAGAAAUGUGACCCAGUAUCUUUGUAUCAUUACUAUUCAUCAUUGUGGGAAAAAUAUAAACCCAAUGUACCUGGAGAGAAUAACUGGUCUGAAAUAAGGUGGAGGAUUAGACAGAAAAUGGUUGGAGUGGAGUCACAUCCUUGUAGUAAAGUUGUCCACAAAUUUCAAGAAGACAGACAUAUCAGAAAAGAAAACUAUAGGUGACUGACUGAUACACAAUUAACAUUAUUAUAAUAAAAAGACAAUUAUCACAUUAUGUUCAGUAUAUGUGAAGCAAAACAACGUUGGUAAAAUAAAAAUAUACUUCACCUUUAAAAUCAUUAAAAAAGUUGUUGCAUUA